UUUUGUAUUAUUCUAGAGACGAGAUUUCUAAUAUUAAGUGACCCGAUAAAGAAGGCGUAGCACCGCUGUCAGCCCAGCGCUAACCAGUACAAGAAGACACUUCCUAGCGGCUUGGGGGAGAAAAGAUAAACCGUCUAGAGAAAAUCAUUACGAGAAGCACCGAAGCGCCACCACGGAUUUCUUGUGGGAUAAACGCACAGGCCUCGCUGCUAAAACGAUGCCUCACACGAGACGCUACUCGUCCUCGGAGCGAGACAGUCGAAGCAGCUACCAGGAUCGUUUUAAAGACAGAGGUCGGAGACCGAGGCACCGGAGAUCGCCUUCGUUUUCCUCCAGCAGUGACAGAGACCGAAACAGAGAACGAGAUCGAAGGGGAAGGGGAAACAGACAAGAGGGAAGCUAUGCACGUUCAAGGAGUCGCAGCUUUGACAACCGGUCAGCAGAGCGGCGGCCGUUUGACAGAAGAUACUGCGAUGGAUACCGACGCCUGGACCACAGUCGGGAGAGAGACCGCGACCGGGAACGAGAGCCCCAUGCCGCGGCCGACCCUUACUAUCCGCGGGACUUCACGGCCACCAUGUACGACUACCGGCGAGGCCGCGAGAGGGAGCGCGAAGAGUCGUACCGGCGGAAAGGCAGCAGGCGUAAGCACAAACGAAGGCGGCGUAGAACCAGGUCCUAUAGCCCAUCCUCCUCGCAGCGGAGCGGCAGCCGGACGCGGGCACUGAGUGUGAGGGACGACGAGGAAGGGCACCUGAUCUGUCGGAGUGGGGACGUCCUGCAAGAGAGAUACGAGAUCGUCAGCACCCUUGGGGAGGGCACCUUCGGGAGGGUGAUGCAGUGCAUUGACCAUCGAAGGGGCGGAACCCAUGUCGCACUGAAGAUCAUCAAGAAUGUGGAGAAGUACAAGGAAGCGGCUCGGCUGGAGAUCAAUGUGCUGGAGCGGAUCAACGAGAAGGAUCCGGAAAACAAGCACCUAUGCAUCCAGAUGUUCGACUGGUUCGACUACCACGGCCACAUGUGCAUCUCCUUUGAGCUGCUCGCGCUGAGCACCUUCGACUUCCUGAAGGAGAACAACUACCUCCCGUACUCCAUCGGCCAGGUCCGCCACAUGGCCUACCAGCUCUGCCUCGCCGUCAAGUUCCUGCACGACACCAAACUGACGCACACGGACCUGAAGCCCGAGAACAUCCUGUUUGUCAACUCUGAAUUCAGCAUGUCCUACAAUGUAGAGAAGAAGCGAGACGAGCGCGCUGUGAAGAGCACGGCGGUGCGGGUGGUGGACUUUGGCAGCGCCACCUUUGACCACGAGCACCACAGCACCAUCGUCUCCACGCGCCACUACCGAGCCCCGGAGGUCAUACUGGAGCUCGGGUGGUGCCAGCCGUGUGACGUGUGGAGCAUCGGCUGCAUCCUGUUUGAGUACUACCUGGGCUUCACCUUGUUCCAGACACACGACAACAGAGAGCACCUGGCCAUGAUGGAGAGGAUCCUGGGACCCGUGCCCUCCAGGAUGAUCCGCAAGACGCGGAAGCAGAAGUACUUCUACCGGGGCAGACUGGACUGGGAUGAGAGCUCGUCUGCUGGGAAGUACGUCAGGGAGAACUGCAAGCCCCUGCGGCGCUACCUGCUGUCGGAGGCGGAGGAGCACCACCAGCUCUUCGACCUCAUCGAGAGCAUGCUGGAGUACGAGCCGGGCAAGCGGCUGACGCUGGGGGACUCCCUCAAGCACCCCUUCUUCGAGGGCGGCGGUGGCGGGGCCGACCCGUCCGCCGGCAAGAACUGGGAGGGCAACCGCGACAUCAGCCGGUGAUGCCCGUGGACGCCUGUUGGACACGCACACAGACAGACAGACGGACAGACGAGGACAUGGAGGUCGUGGGGAUCCUCUUUUGGUUUGGGUGUUUGGACGCGAGUGUGUUUUUGGACUGCACUCGAGCCCCUCCUUCUCUCUCGCCCCUCCCUUCCCUGCGGGGGGUUCCGCGGGGCCCCUGAGGGGUCUUAGAGGAGAGCCAAAGAAGAAUCUUGUCCCGCUUUACGUUCCCCAAACAGAUCCUGCCCCAAGAUGCCCUGCGAUUGUUUUUAAAACCCAAACUGUUGCCCUCUCUGCCCAUCAAACACAAAUGCGCGCACACACACACACACACACACAGUGUUGUUAUUUUUUUCUCCUGCCUUCGUUCAUCAGCUUUACUCCACCUUUGGCCCCUUUCUAUCCCUGUGGUCGGCAUGUCAGGUGAAAAACUGCCCUUUCUAUGAAGAGGAGUUAUUGUUACUCGUAUUUAAAUCAAAAGGUGAUGUUUUGGGGUUCAACCUGUCUUCCAAUUCUGGUAUAUAGGGGGAGUUUUUUUUUUUUUUCUCGAGCAAGGACGUCUAAAGGAGUCCUCAACGCAGUUUAAGGAGACUGGAUGUCAUCCCCAUGGUACGCAGGGUCUUCCACUAUGCUGGCCGUACAUUGACUGGGUGGGGUUAAAGGCACAGCGGUCAGAGCAAAGCUAGUAAAAAGUCAAUUGAAAUAAACGACACAUUUCUAUCGGAUGGAUGACUCCAGCAAGGUAUUACAUAAUGAGCCGUAACGGUGUCCUGCCUGGAACGAUGAGUAUUGUAUAAUAGGACUGUCCCUUUCAAUGGUGGUGUUUUUAUAUUUCCCUCUUCGAUCACUGUCCUCUGGGUUUGUAAGCGACGCGUUGAACACUCCAGAACAGCAGGCCUCUGUAGCUGAUCUUUUGAAGGGAUUUAACUUGUUUCUGUUACAGUAUGCAAUUUUUUUCAUUUGUUUUUUUUCUAUGUGUGGGAUGAUGUGUAUGAUUGUGUUGAUGGUUGGGCGGGGGGGGGGGCUUUGGGGUUAAGGGUCAUUAGCUUUCCCCCCGGAACACACAAACAUCAGUCGUACAGCUGUGAAAUGCACGCCACAUCAUACAAAAUGUUACCCCCCCCCUACCCCCCUUGAUUGACUAUAGGCCAUGAACUCUGCUCUUUGCAUUGAGAUUAAGCACAGCUCUUACUGGUAACCAUGGGCAACACACUAACCCGUUAUGUUAUAUUUAUGAUGGAAUUAGCGGGCCAUGACCUCCUUGUCACCCUGUAUGACCCCCCCCCCCCUUCCGCUCUUAAAAACCUGUACAUUACUCUUUUUGUAUGAAAUGUAAGCGUAUUAAAAAGUGUAUAUAUAUGAUUGUGUAGAAUUACAGUAAAGUUCUGGCCAAAGGCUUAAAGGCGUGAUGUGCGUGUCGGUGGUGUUAGGUGACGCCCCGGCCCUCUCUAAUCCUACAACUGCCAUGACUUCCCUCAGACGGAUUAGGGUGGGAGGUGCAAUGGCAUCAUGACACGUGUGUUGCAGUCACGCUCGCACAUGAACUGUUUGCCACAAAACGGAUAGGUUUCACCCCUGGUGGUGGAACGCCAAAGAUUGCCGUGUCAGCCACUUUUCUGGGCCACCUCGGUCCGAAACAUACUCCCCCGGAGGAAAAUGUCUGCUGGCCCUCACUCAAAAUUGUGAUUAUCAACGUAACAAUCAAAAGUCCCACGGUUUGAAAAGACCAAUUAUUCAAUGUAACGUAGAAAGUUCUAUGAAUAUAUAAACACGACAAUCUCCCUGGCUGACAGCAAUUUCUAUCCAACACUUGCUUUCUACAGAAAUGUCACUUGCUCUGCUCUAUUCAUCUCCCUGCAGAGAACCCCAAAGCCUCCAGGGACAGGUGUUUUUGAAUCACAUGGGGAUUCAAACAGGUAUGGUGAGGUUGCUGCUGAACUCAUCUGCGUUGAUCUACACAUAAUUUAGUAGCAGCUCGAGGAAGGCCGAGCUCUUUGAGUGGCCGUAGGUCGCAUUGGUCGCGUCGUAGGUCACAUUGGUCGCGACGUAGGUCUGUGCUCGUCUGGCUGCUUUCAGUCGCUGUGGUCGCUGGCUGGCUUGGUCGCUCAAAAUCUAUGGGCGGUCGUUUAUCAGUUAAUUUGCAUGUUAAGGUAACUUAACGGGUUUUUUGCGACAGUUGAAGUACUAGAAAGCCAUGCUCUCUGGCGAAAGCUUCCUACAGCUCUUUAUUGCAAAUAUUAUUUGUAUAUUUUUAUAUUGAAGUAGGCCUACAGUUUAAAAUGAUGUAAUCGUUGGUCUAUCAGUGGCAAUAAAAUAUAUUAGUUGUAAUUUGGGGCGGAUUCAAAUAAUGUAUUUUAGAUAUUAUAUAGCCUAUUUGUUUUGUUAAAUGACAGUAAGCCUAAUAAGGUAUAUCAAACACAAAGUUCUUCGUUAUAGAGUGAUAUAUUAGUUGUAAUUUGGGGCGUAUUCAAAUAAUGUAUUUUAUAUAUUAUAUAUAGCCUAGCCUUUUUGUUUUGUUAAAUGUCAUUAAGCCUAAUAAGGUAUGUUAUGCACAAAGUUCUUCGUUAUAGAGUGAUAUAAGGUAAUAUAAGUAUCGACAUCAAACUUCUUCACGAACAUUUUUAGUUUUCUUUGCAUGAAAAAUUAUCAUUUAAAUCCACAAACAACAUGUGUAAUCCAGGGCAUAUAAAGACUGGGACCAGCAAAUAAUUAUUUUCUCUCCAUUGACACCCAUUCAUAUCUUUCGAUCUCAUAGGUCCCAUGAGCUCUACCGGAAGGGGCGUGACUUCGCCACUCCAUUGAUCUGUUAAAUGUCAAAGACUAAUAAAAUAUCCUAUGAAGAAAGUUAUAGUGUAAUAUACAACACUGUCGAAAUGUAUCGAAUAAAAUAUAGGGGGUAACACCAGGGACGCGGGAAGUCAGUCCCAGGGGGGGGGUGCUCAGAGAGA